UGUGUUCCUCUAUUAGUCUUCCGGUGGGCAAGUGGUCGAGGACAGGUCCAAGUUUCCUGUCGGUUCUUCUUCAAGCUCGUUGCUUCCCGAAGGCAAACAAGCAGCCAUGGCUAAGGACAUGACUCUGCUGUGGGGCUCCGGCUCUCCUCCGUGCUGGAGGGUGAUGAUCGCGCUGGAGGAGAAGAACCUGCAGGGCUACAACCAAAAACUGCUCUCCUUUGACAAAAUGGAGCACAAAUCCCAAGAAGUGUUGGCUCUCAACCCGAGAGGUCAGGUGCCCACUUUCAAGCACGGGGACAACGUGGUCAAUGAGUCCUAUGCUGCCUGCUUCUACCUGGAGAGCCAGUUCAAGGCUCAGGGGACCAAGCUGAUCCCGGACGGCGCUGCAGAACAAGCCCUGAUGUACCAGCGCAUGUUUGAGGGAGCCGCCUUUUAUGAAAAACUCAACAAUGUCAUCUACUACGAGUGGUACGUGCCAGAGGGGGAGCGCCAUGACUCAGCCCUGCAGAGAAACAAAGAGGCUCUGGUCACUGAGAUGAAGCUGUGGGAGGGUUACCUCCAGAAGUCCGGCCCUUUCCUGGCUGGUGCCAACUUCUCACUGGCAGAUGUCAUUGUGUUCCCCACUGUCGCCAGUCUGUUCAGAUUUGGUCUGACACCUGAGCACUACCCCAAACUGGCCGAGUAUUACUCCCUGCUGAAGGACCGCCCCAGUAUCAAGGCCAGCUGGCCCCCUCACUGGCUGGAGAAGCCUGGACAAGACACUCUGAAAGACAUCUAAUGUCUGGGUCACAAGUCUUGACCACUUUAGCAAAUGAAUCCUUGUUUCUAUUCGGCAUACUGGAUGGAUGACAGUCUAAAGCUUCUCCAAGAUGUUUCUUCCAAAGCACCUUCAGUUGUACACCUUGUAUUGUACACGCUAAAUAAACCCAAAGCCAUUUUGUCUCUCUUUA